AUGAUCGUCGAAAAUCAAAGGUGUUUUGGGAAGGAAAUUGUAAAUUCAUCUCUCUAUCAAUCAAUGGAAACAGGAGUAAUCGUUGAAAAAGCAAAAAAACCUUUUUCCAUAAUUCCCAGAGUUUUUGCUAUCAGUUUGGAUGAGAAAGAAAAUAAAAUCUUCAGAAGGGAAUCUGAAAGAAUUCAAAUAGAACUAGAGAAUGAGAAGCCAAAAGAGACAAAAAUCCCCCAAAAUGUACAUAUGUACACGGAUGAGAUCUUCCAACAUUUAUUAAUCGAAGAGAAUAAAUAUUAAAUAGAUUAAUACAUGACUCCUGAGAUGUAGCCGAAUAUAAAUAUCAAAAUGAGAGCAAUUCUUGUGGAUUGGCUUAUUGAUGUGCAUGCUAAAUUUAAGUUGAGAGAUGAAACAUUAUAUCUUACCAUCUCUCUAAUAGAUAGAUAUUUGGCCAAGGCAUAAGUCACAAGAUUGCGUUUACAAUUAGUAGGUGUAGCAGCUCUCUUCAUAGCAUGCAAAUACGAAGAAAUAUAUCCCCCUGCAUUAAAAGAUUUUGUUUACAUCACUGACAAUGCUUAUGUUAAGAGUGAUGUCCUGGAAAUGGAAGGUCUAAUAUUGCAGGCUCUGAAUUUCAACAUCUGCAAUCCAACUGCUUACUAAUUUUUAUCAAGGUAUUCGAAAGAACUAGAUCCCAAAAAUAAGGCUUUAGCUUAAUACAUAUUAGAAUUGGCUUUGGUUGAGUACAAGUUUAUAGCUUAUAAACCAUCCUAAAUAACCUAAGCUGCCAUAUUUUUGGUCAAUAAAAUAAGAUCUCCCAAUUAUAAAGCUUAAAAUGAGGCUUAGUUAAAACCUUGUGCUAAAGAAUUAUGUCAACUCUUACAGGCUGCAGAACUAAAUUCACUGUAAGCAGUGAGAAGAAAAUUCAACACAAUCAAGUUUUAUGAAGUUUCAAGGAUUAGGGUGGAAGUAAUUAACAAAUGA